AUGGCUGAGUCUAGCACUUCUGAUCCGUAUGACCCGGCCGAACAUUCAGAGACUGGACCUAAUCCCGACGACAGAAUUUCGGCACCUGAUGAGAUGCAUAGUUCCACAGAUACUCAAACCGCACUAACAGUACAACCAAAAAUGUUCGAGCAGUCUCGUGUAGGUUUGGAUAUUGAAAUGAAUUACCUUUGGAAUCGCCUCAAGAACAUUAUCAUUACGAAGGGCAUUUUGAAUGCGGAAGAGGUCACUGGAAAUCAAUACGACAAGAAAGAACGAAUUCCUGAAGGGCUCCAUGCCUCAUGGUCUCCAGAGUUGAUAUCCCAAAGGGUCAAAUGGCGUAUGCGAACGAUAACAUGGUCUAAGUUUUAUCCAUUUAGAUCAGAAGAGGACUGGCUAGUUCGAGUAGAUCACUUCUACUACCAAGGAUGUUCGGCUGAUCAUGAGUUAAUCGUGCUAUUCGCCGUGAAGAAGAAUACCCACGGGUAUGUCAAUAUGAUCAUACAAAACCUUGCUCGAGUACCUAUGCAAGUUACAACCAGCCCCGAAAAUGUUGCCAUGGUUUUCAAUUCAGACCUUGAAUAUAUCGAGUGGGCGAAAACGAUGCUUAUCAAAACCAGAAAGAAUGACUCCGAGUCAGACCAGUCAGAUAUAUGUGUUCUCGGCAAUUUUCUCAGAGGAAUCUCCCUCGGAUAUAUCAACGACCAGGUACCUGUUCACAUUAAUGAUCAGCAAACCUCUUCAAGGCCUGAGGACACAGCACCUGCCGUAGCCAGAGAUAAGAGCGACUUAUCAAACGAGAUUUCCGGAUCUCAGGAUGUGCCUGUGUCUCCGUCGUCAAAGGAGCAAAACAAGCAGGAAAAGGACGCACCACUAAAGCACUCCCAGCCUGAGAACAUUAAGUCGGGAAACCAGAAUGACAGAGCAUAUGACAUCAAGUCCAGCAAGAAUUCUCAGUAUUAUUUGGGCCACGACCCUUCUGACGAUGAGUCUGAAUAUGGAAAUCCAGAACUGAAAAUGGAGGAGAAAAAACUGGAUAACGAAAGAGUCAUCAACGGCAACACUGAUCAUCGGUCCAGAAGCACAGCCUCGGAGAAUCCUAGCACUGGAGAGAAGUUCAGUUUCAGUCAUAGUACGGAUGAGCUCAAAGAUACCAAACUCAGGAUCAGAAGCUUUGAAGCGACCAUUCGUGUCCAACGUCAUAGCAUCGCUGACUCUGAAGAAAUAGAGCAUACCAAGGACUCCAUAGUCCUCAUGCUCACUGAAGAGGCUGCAACCCUUAGAGGUAACUCUAGGAAACUUGAAAAAGAAACUACAACCCUUAGAGAGAACUCUAGGAAGCUCGGAGAAGAGUUUGAGGACCUUAGGGGGAAGAAGCGGCUUUUGGAGGAUGAAUGCGCAGAGCUCCGUCGUGCAAAGAGGCGUCAUUCCUGA